AUGUCUGCUGUUCAACCGGUCGCCGUUUAUGCCAUUCGGGUCCCUGCUGGCUCGAUGGUGCAGGCCGUGCCCAACGCCGCAGCUUCGUUCCGUGUCAGCAUGGCUGCCAUUGAUCCCGAUGAGGAGCCUGAGUUUGAGGACGGCGACUCUAGCAAGUCUGGUCGCGCUACAUUGAAGAUCGUCCGCCCUCCUCCCGGAUUCGGCGAGGAUUCUGACGACGAGGACUACAGCGAUGAGGACGACUACGAUGAGGAGGAGGAUUCCGACGAUGAGGAGGUCAAUGGCGGUCCUAGCGACAAGGAGAAGGCUCGCAAGCUGAAGCAAGCUGCCGCCCAGAAAGAGCUCGAAGAGGCUAUGGAGGAAGAUGACGACGAGGAUGACGAGGAGAACAACGGCGGUUUCGACCUCAAGGCUGCUAUCUCCAAGCUGAUCAAGGGCAAGAGCCCACUUACCGGUGACGACGAUGAGGAGGAUGAUGAGUCUAGCGAUGGCGCCCUGGACUUUGAUGAGUCUGUCAUCUGCACUCUGUUCGCCGAUAAGAACUGCCAGCAGCCCCUCGAUAUUGUCGUCUGCGAGGGCGAGGUUGUCUUCUUCAAGAACACCGGUAACCAGACUGUCUUCCUGACCGGUAACUACGUUGUCGGUCUCGAUGAGCUUCAGGACCACGACCACGAUCAUGACCAUGAUGAGGACGAGGAUGAUUACGAUCUUUCUCCUGAUGAGGAGGAGCUUGACAUGGAGGAGCUGAUGGCCCUGGAUGAUGAUGAGAGUGAUGACUUGGACGGUAUGGAUGAUCCUCGCAUCACCGAGGUCGACAGCGAGGAGGAGGAGGCUCCCAAGUUGGUCGAGGCUAAAGGCAAGGGCAAGAAGCGUGCUGCCGAGGAGGAGAGUCUCGAUGACAUGAUGGCCAAGGGUGCCAAGGGCAAGGCCGCCAAGGAGGAGCCCGUCCUGACCAAGGCUCAGCAGAAGAAGCUGAAGAAAAACAACGGUGACGCUGCUGCCGUUGAGCCCAAGAAGGAGAAGGAGACGAAGGAGGCCAAGGCCGACAAGAAGGUUCAGUUCGCCAAGAACCUCGAGCAGGGUCCUACUCCCAACGGCGACAAGCCCACCGGUACCCUUGGUGUCAAGGAGGUGAAGGGUGUCAAGAUCGACGACAAGAAGCUCGGCAAGGGUGUCGCUGCCAAGAGCGGCAACACCAUCGCUAUGCGUUACAUCGGCAAGCUCGAGGACGGCAAGGUCUUUGACUCCAACAAGAAGGGCAAGCCCUUCACCUUCAAGCUUGGCAAGGGUGAGGUCAUCAAGGGUUGGGACAUCGGUGUCGCUGGCAUGGCCCCCGGUGGCGAGCGUCGCAUCACCAUCCCUCCUCACCUUGCUUACGGCAAGAAGGCUCUGCCUGGCAUUCCCGCCAACUCUAAGCUGAUCUUCGAUGUCAAGCUCCUCGAGAUCAAGUAG